GGAGGCACCCCCCUCGGGAACCAGGGAAAUCCCGGCCGCCGCCAGGGGCCGUGCCACCACCCUCGCCCGACCGAGGCUUCCGGCGCGCCCCCAACUUUGUGGCGCCCUCAGGCAGCGGCGGCGGGGAUGGAGCUGCCUUCCCGAGGGCGGGCGCCGCUGGACUCGUCGCUGGACAGCUGCUCCCUGACCUCGUUGGAGUCCAGCGUUUUCUGCAGCGAGGGCGAAGGGGAGCCCCUGGCGCUCGGGGACUGCUUCACGGUCAACGUGGGCGGCAGCCGCUUCGUGCUCUCGCAGCAGGCACUGUCCUGCUUCCCGCACACGCGCCUGGGCAAGCUGGCCGUGGUGGUGGCCUCGUGCCGCCGCCGCGGGGCCCUGGCCGCCGUGCCCAGUCCCCUGGAGCUCUGCGACGAUGCCAACCCCGUGGACAACGAGUACUUCUUCGACCGCAGUUCGCAGGCAUUCCGCUAUGUCUUGCACUACUACCGCACCGGCCGCCUGCACGUCAUGGAGCAGCUGUGCGCGCUCUCCUUCCUUCAGGAGAUCCAAUACUGGGGCAUCGACGAGCUCAGCAUCGACUCCUGCUGCAGGGACAGAUACUUCAGAAGGAAGGAGCUGAGUGAAACGUUAGACUUUAAGAAGGACACAGAAGACCAGGAGAGUCAACAUGAGAGCGAACAGGACUUCUCACAAGGACCUUGUCCCACUGUCCGCCAGAAGCUCUGGAACAUCCUGGAGAAACCUGGAUCUUCCACAGCUGCUCGAAUCUUUGGGGUCAUCUCCAUCAUCUUUGUGGUGGUGUCCAUCGUCAACAUGGCCCUGAUGUCAGCUGAAUUAAGCUGGCUGGACCUGCAGCUGCUGGAAAUCCUGGAGUACGUGUGUAUCAGCUGGUUCACUGGCGAGUUCAUCCUGCGCCUCCUGUGCGUGCGGGCCAGGUGCCGCUUCCUGAGGAAGGUGCCGAACAUCAUAGACCUCCUUGCCAUCUUGCCCUUCUACAUCACUCUUCUGGUAGAGAGCCUGAGUGGGAGCCAGACUACACAGGAGCUGGAAAAUGUGGGGCGCAUUGUGCAGGUCUUGAGGCUGCUCAGGGCUCUACGCAUGCUAAAGCUGGGCAGACAUUCCACAGGAUUACGCUCACUCGGGAUGACAAUCACCCAGUGUUAUGAAGAAGUCGGCCUACUGCUCCUCUUUUUGUCUGUGGGAAUUUCUAUAUUUUCAACUGUGGAAUAUUUUGCUGAGCAGAGUAUUCCUGACACAACCUUCACAAGUGUCCCUUGUGCAUGGUGGUGGGCCACAACAUCCAUGACUACUGUGGGAUACGGGGACAUUAGACCAGACACCACCACAGGCAAAAUCGUGGCCUUCAUGUGCAUAUUAUCAGGAAUCCUUGUCUUGGCCUUGCCUAUUGCUAUUAUUAACGACCGCUUCUCCGCUUGCUAUUUCACCUUAAAGCUCAAGGAAGCAGCUGUUAGACAGCGCGAAGCUCUGAAGAAGCUUACCAAGAAUAUAGCCACUGACUCAUACAUCAGUGUGAACUUGAGAGAUGUCUAUGCCCGGAGUAUCAUGGAGAUGCUUCGGUUAAAAGGCAGAGAAAGGGCAAGUACUAGGAGCAGUGGAGGAGAUGAUUUCUGGUUUUGAAGCCACUUUCAGUUUAUUUACAAAAGCUUGUGUACAACUAACUCAACUGAUAAAGCCUUGAUAUGGAUGUCCAUGUACUGUUGAGGACUCUCUUUUGAGUAUACCACCUGUGUUAGUUUUUGCUGAUAUUUUGCUUGGUCUGCUAGAAUAGUUCACGUCCCCCAAAUCGAGUGCACAUUGUUUCGACACAGUUGAGCCGCAAAAAAUAGUCAUUUAACAUAACCCAAUACAAGUAGGCCACAUGUCUGAAUUGUCAAAUAUAAUAGUGCAAUACAUCCAACAAAGUUAAAAUUUUAUGCAUCACUAAUUUUAAGGUUUUUUGCACCACUAAUGUAAAAGAAUGGGAGUUAAGCUACACGGCCCAGAGAAAAGGUAAGUGAACAUUUAAGAACAUACUGGACAUUCUUCAAGUAAAUAAAUCACUCCUUCCUCCAUCGGUUAAAGUUGUUACAUAUAACAAUUAGCUUUGCAAGCGCAAAUCCUGAUUUGAUAGCCAUAGAUGGUGUCUUCCCUCUGGUGCAAACCACUCAUCACAGAGGGACUAACUUCUGAUUUCAGUCAUUACUGUUGGAGGUGGGAAUCCCCAGGCUGCUUAACCACUGACAGAACAGGGGCUUCAAGAACUGUACAUUCUCAUCGUCUCCACGGAGUGCAGUAGUGUAGCCUAAAGCAGGUGUCUCUUGUACCCCUUGGAAAUUAGAUGGUCUUUAAAAAUCUCUUUAUUGAUGUGGUGUUCAAAUUAUGUCUUUAAAAUCACGAAUGUGUAAAGGUGAAGUAGUGAACAUCCUAAAAAUAUACACUAAAAGUAUUAAAUAGUCUUAUUUCAUAAAAUGAGAAUGAUAUGUUGAAUGAUAUCACUGGAUGAACUUGAAAAUCUUUUAUUUGUUAACAAAAAUAUUAUAGAUAGCUUUCUGGCUUUUGGGGUAAAUAGCAAAUGUUCCAACUUUGCACGCAUUUGACAGCAUUUGACGGUCAUUCGUGAUAAUGAUAAAAUUCCUAGACAUUCUGUUAUAUGAUUAAAACCAAAAGUUCUAAACCUAAGAAUUAGUUGAUGAUUCCCAAUAUUCUAGUAAAUGAGUUUUUAAAAACUAA